AUGGCUAAAUAUUUGCUAACCUUGCUUUCCUCUCCGUCCUUAACCUCACAAGCGCCAACCUCACAGGCUCCAUUCCAGCUGAGCUUGGAAAGGCUGCGCCGUCUCAGGGUUCUUGCUCUUCCCUGGAACAGCCUGUCAGGUUACUUCUCUUCAACCAUCGGAAACCUCACGAGGCUCCAGCGCCUUGUCCUUUACAAGAACAGUCUAUCGGGGCAGAUCCCACCUGAGCUGCAAAACCUGCAAAGUCUUACGCAGUUAGAGUUGCAGAUGAAUUUCUUGAGUGGCAAAAUUCCAGAAGAAAUAUUCAACAACACGCCUUACCUGAGCCAUCUGAACCUUGGCAACAACAGCCUAUGGGGACCGAUACCGGUCGGUAUUGGCAACUUGCCCAUGCUUCAGCUCCUUGUUUUGCAACAGAAUCAGCUUACAGGCACAGUGCCUCCUAACAUCUUCAACAAGUCCACCCUGCAAACGAAGUCGACAGCCGCGGUGGCUCCCUCGGCAUCACAGCCCGCUUCACCUCCUUCGUGUGACCCGCCAGCAGCCGCCACCGUCCCCAACGCCGGCGGGGACGUGUCCAUGGAGGACACCCAUAAUCUGUUCGGCGCAAUGCCCGCAAGUGAUCAAUCAACGGUUGGUGUCGACUCCUUUGUCAAUAUGAUUAACGAGGCCGUUGGCAUAGAUGACAUGUCCCUCACAAUGCCAUAUGAAAGUUUAGAUGAAGAUCUCAUUAAGAUUCCUACUCCUACAAAGAAAAAAUGGGCAAGGGUGGCCAAUUACUCAACACAAGAGGAUGAGGCCUUGGUCAUGGCAUGGGAGAGUGUGAGCCUUGAUGCAAUCACGGGGACUGAUCAAAACAGUAACACUUAUUGCAAGCGCAUUGAGGAGUUAAAAUAG